ACGACAUGAUUUCAUAAACGAGUUUUGAUAUGUAGUACUUAUCUAACUAAUCUUCCUGCAGCUAUCGAACAAACACGCAUUCUCUGUAUAUUUUCUAGUUCUACAGUAGGACGUAGUUAGUCUUAAUAGGAACAAAUUAUAGAGCAAAACAAUUGGAAGAAUUACCAUGAAACAUGAAAAAAUUGUACACUCGAGUAGUGUAUGGUUUAUAUCACACGAUGAAGCAGCGAACGUUUUUUAGUGUCAAUGUUUAAUGUUUAUCGUCAGUCAUAAAGGAUUUAAUUACUGUAUCGACACGAUCCAACCUGAGGGUCACAGGAAUUAGAUAUUUAACAAAUACAGCAACAUCGCAUUUUUUUCUGCAAAUUCCACAAAGGAGUAAGAAGGAGCACAGAUGUUAACGAUUGUGUGACAGAAGAUACAAUAAUCAGAAAUACAAACAGCAUUUAACCAAAGGAUGAUACAGAAACUUUAACAAUAUUUAUACAAGCAGCAUUAGAAGAUGAGGACACCGAUACAGUAUCGACGUAGAUUUAGAAAUGUCCAACAGAAAAUAUAAGUAUGGCAAAAUCAAAUCGCCAGAAAAUGACGUGAUCGAAGGUUGUCCGUCAUUCGAAGAUAUAUCUGUGGACGAAGACGAGGAAUCAAAGUUUAUGGAAGAAGAAAUGGAUGAAAUACGAGCAAUGGCUGAAAGAGAAGAAUCUCCCGGGAAACAAAUGCGAUCUGAUAGCUUGGGAAGGAGAAACAGCAUUUCUUUGCCCAACCUCGAUGAAAUAAAAGUAUUUCCACAGAUACAGGUUGAGGACUACGAUAAGAGUAAAGAAACUAUAAAUAGCGAAGCUACCGAAGAUGACCCGGAAUUCCAAAACAUAUGCGGCUACAAUCGUAGCGUACGAAGAAAGUCAGUGCUCAGCCCUGUAACCCCAGUCAAAAUGCAGAAAGGGCCAGGGGAAGAUAUUGAAGCAGCGAACCAUUCGCCUGCAAACUCCAUUACCUCUGUCAAUUCCUUAGCUAGUCUACUUAGAGAAAAGAUUCAGGGCCUGCCUCAAACGUUACGGAGGAAGAAAACCCCAGAGUACAAAACAAAAAUAUUCGUAGCGCUUUUAUUCAUAGCAAUAGUAAUUUUGAUAGUUUCUGCUUACUUCCUGUAUCAGCAGAAAAUUUUAGCCAAAGCGUAUUUCGAGAAAAUAAAACUAAACAAGGUGAAGCGAGUUAUGAAGAUUUAUAACAAUGAAGGAAUUCCUAUUGUUAAUGCGCUGUUAGGUACAACAAUAAACUAUGAUAAAGUUCUGCCUUGCCUUCCUGCAGACCAGAGGAAUGAUGGAAGCAUUUGUCUUGAAUGGAUGGACAGGGCUCGAUUAUACUUGAAUUUCAUCCAGCUUGAGACGGAUGUGAAGUGUUACACUCUUCAAUGGACAGCUUUAUCUGAGAACAUCGCGCCUACCGACUGCUUUGAUAUGACCAACAACCACUGGUACGGAGGGGGCCAAACCGCAGAAUCCGCAUGGCCUUUAGAGAAGUCUGAACAUGACUUCCAGCCAUUUAUUACCGGAAGGACUGAAAAACAUGGAUGGGGCAAUGUCUUGAAAAGAUACUUCAUUAGUUCUAAAGGCGUCGCCAUCAUCGUAGACAAUAAAACGCCUCUAUACGUCUCCAUAAGUGGUUCCGGCAAGCAGUUCUGCAUCAGAGCUCAAUACGACGAUUUCGCGUUUGUAAAUCGUUUUACUCCGAUGCCGCAGCUGAAUUACAGCAUGUGUACCAGCUACAACAUGUCCGAUUUGCACGAAAAACUCAGCGAGCACACCCUGUGGGACGGAUUGAAGAAGGAAGACACGAAUAUCAUUGAUUCUCUACUGACGGAGCCAGUAUGGGAGAUUACUUCUGAUAAUAAGAAUUAUUUGACUGAAGAAACAAUUUACAACUUCACUGAUGACAUAACCAACUCAGUAUUAAAACAAGGCCACGUACUGAUAAACGAGUUUUGGCAAGAUCAAGUUGGAGAUUUCGAAUUAGAUCUAAAUCGAUUCCCCACCCUAGAAAAGACUAUGGAAAUGCUUAAACGCAGAGGAUUUAGAGUGGUGUUUACCAUACAGCCAUUUAUAUCUACGGAGAGUUUCAACUUUGCUGAAGCUGUCAGAAAGCGACUCUUGGUUUCUGAGAGGUUUAGUGAUAGAAGUAUUCCAGCGCUCACGAGAUACAAGACAUUGCAAAGUGCCGGAGUUUUGGACAUAACCAACGAAAAAACUGUGCGUUGGUUGAUUGACAAAUUGAAAAAAGUCAUGGAAAAGUACAAAUUUGAUGCCUUCUACUUAGAUAUGGGCAUUGCUUAUAAUAUGCCUCACUAUUAUCAAUGCGAAAAGCCGCUACUCAAUCCAGAUCAGUAUAAGACUUUAUUCACAAACAGCUUGCAGGGCUCUAUUCCCCUAUUCGGAGUAAACUCAGCUAUACAACGUCCAAAAGCUCCAAGCUUCAUUGUGCUUCCAGAAUUUGAAUCAUCAUGGGAAGGACUUGGAAAAGUAAUUCCAACCAUUUUGACAUAUGGUAUAAUCGGUUAUCCGUUCUUGAUACCAGGAGCAGUAGGAGGUGAUUAUGAGAGUCCAGAUACAUCUACAAACGGCAAUGCGAAUAAGAUGCUACCUGACCCAGAGUUGUAUACCAGAUGGUUGCAACUUUCCGCUUUUCUGCCUGUAGUGAGAUACCAUAAUCUGCCAAGCGCUUAUGGAGACAAGAACAUAUCUGAUAUGGCUAUAAGCCUAGCUAUUACCAGACAAACUAAGGUUACACCACGACUGAAAAGAUUUGCAAGAGUUUCAUUGAAUUUAGGUUUGCCCAUAAUCAGGCCUCUUUGGAUGUUGGACUCUGAGGACCCAUCGUGCCAUACGGUAAUGGACGAAUUCUCUAUUGGAGAUGAGCUUAUAGUGGCGCCAAUUUUGCACUCAGGACGCCGGCAAAGAGAAGUGUACCUUCCAGCGGGAGUCUGGAAAGACGGCAUAGACGGCAGUUUGAGAAAAGGAAACAGAUGGUUACACGACUACAGGGUCGAAGAAAACGAAAUAGCAUACUUUGAAAGGAUGCCCGACGAUACUAGAUUUUAACGAGUUACUAUUACCUUUUAAGUGAACUAAAGAACAUUGUGAUAUUAAAUCCAUGAUAUCUUGGAGUUUUAACAGCCAUGUACCAUGCUGGUGGCAAGCUAUUAAAGAAAUGGCAAUCACAAAUACCGCAUACGUAAAUGUUAACCUAAUUUGUCAUUUAGGUCAAUGAGAGCGUUUAGCCACCGUAAAGCGACCCAGCAGCGUUGCACUUUUGUGCUGAAUGGCAGUAUACUCGAUUACCAAAAGGAAGAGGGCAGCGGAACAAUCGCACGCCACUGGCCAGCGCGGCAUCUUCUUCAAUCCGGCAGAAAACUCAGGCUCCGACUUUGUGAUAUCAAAGGGACACCGCAACUACAGUAGCGUGCGAUGUAUUUUUUUGCAGCAGUUUUCACUUGACAGUUUGACGACUUAAUGUUGCGAACAGUCAAAGCUAUUACACGUCUACUGCUAUUCAGUAUCAAAGCGCUGCAUCGUUGGACCACUUUACGUUAGCGCUCAUUGAUAUCUGUGAGACAAUUCCUGUCUUGCUAUUUUUUAUAAGAACACAUAUAGUAUGUUGUAAUGGUUGAAAGCUUGUUAUGCGCCCUGUUAUGUUUUGUAUGCAAAUAUAUGUUUUGAUGUGAUUUAAAAUAGUAUUAGAAUUUAGCAAAUCAUGAAUUCGUUGAACAGUUUACUACUAGCGUACUAUCAUUGCAUUUAAAUAUUUAAUAGAUUUAGUAACAGUUCUGUAAGAUCGUUAAGCUAGGGCCAGUUGUAAUAUUUAUUGUUUUUAUAUAGUUGACACCAAAAAUCGAGAUAAAAUAGAAAAUAGUGUACUA